UAUAAGACGACACCACAUGCCAAGUGAUUCACAAUGGAAAGCUCAGUGACGCCAUUUGAAAUGAAGACAGGAGUAAGAUGAGGCUGCCGGCUACUAUCACCGAUUAUCUUCCUGACUGUGAUGAACUGGACUGGAUCAUGCAACAGACAGCUGUGAGGAGUGAGAAGAUGGGCAUACGCUGGCUGGACCGAUGAAAAGAGCCUUGAAGAUUUGGAUUCCACCGAUGAUUCAUGUCUAAUGUCGCACAACCUCGAAGAUCUACAGGCAAAAGCCAACAAGUUGCCAGAAGAGGCGAGGCAGUGAAGACCGAACUUCUUCCAGGUGAACGUAGAGAAGACAGAGGUGAUGAAGAUACCCAACAACAACAACAACAACAACAAGCACCAAUCACCACCUACGGGAGAAAUCGAAAGGAAGUAGUCUCUUUCACUUGUCUAGGCAGCAUCGUUUCAACUACAGGCGGUGGCACAGAUGAGGACGUCAAAGCCAGGAUCGGAGAAGUAAGACAGGCCUUCAUUAGCCUGAAAUCAGUGUGGAGAUCUACUGCACUCAACACGAAGAAUAAGAUCCGGAUUUUCAACACCAACGUCAAGUCAGUGCUUCCAUGUGAUGGUUGAGAGACUUGGCGCGUUGCGAAAAGCAUU